AUGGAUUCUACCCCCGUUACUGAAGACCAGAUUGUUGUUAUUAUGAACUCUGAUUCAGAAAUUGCUAAUUCUCAUAUCUUGAGAAAUUCUCUGGUUAUCAAAGUUUUGGGUAGUAAUAUCCCUUUCCCAGUUUGCAGUAGAGAACUUCGGAAGCAAUGGUCUAGAUUUGGAAAUUUUCACCUUACAACCUUGGGUCUUGACUGGAUUCUCUGUUCCUUUACAAAGCCGGAAGUAGUUGAAGAAAUCCUAGAAGGAGGACCUUGGUUUAUUGGAGGCAAUAUCAUUGGGUUGGAUAAAUGGUCCCCCAAUUUUUCACCAGAAUCCCUCAAAAGAAUUACAGCUCCUAUUUGGAUUCGUAUGCCAUGCCUUCCAUUACACUUCUGGGAUGAGCAAAACAUUUGUAGAAUUGCUUCCAAGAUUGGUACUCCAAUUUAUCUUGAUGGAAAUUCUUUUAAAUGGGGAAAAAGGGAGUAUGCCCUGGUUUGUGUUCGUUUAAACCUAGACAAGAAAGUUCCUAAAGGAGUUUGGAUAGAAGGAAUCCAUGGUAGAUCCUUCCAAAAAGUAGUACAUGAGAAGAUUUCUUCUCAAUGCUAUCAUUGUGGCAAAUUGGGUCAUUUAAAGAACCAAUGUUCUUUAAUCAAUAAUUCUUCUUCAAAAACUACUGCUCCAAAUUCUAAUGUUAUUGAGAAGAAUAUGAAUCAAGAAGAAGACAAAGCCAAUGACCAAGAUGAACUAGGACCUUGGAUACAGGUCAAGUUCAGAAAAAAUAGGGUUGUGGGAAAAAUAAAUAUUAAGCAGAGAACUGUUUCUCAAAUCUACCUUCCAGUACAAGCAAAUCCGAUCAUAGAAGAAGGAGAUAUUAUUGAACAAAAUGAUGUUCAAGUAUCAGAAUCUAAAGCCAUCUAUUCCACGGGGGAGAACAAAAAUACUGAAGAAAUGCUGAAAAAUAGUUUCAGCAUUUUGGAAGAGGAAGUGCAGAAUUCUUGUUUUGAAGGUUCAAAGGGAAAUGGAUGUUCUACAUAA